AUAUAAUUGUAUAAACUCCUGAACAUGAAAAUGAAAAAGAAAACGAAAAUGGGGAAAACAGGUGAACCCUGAUCGAUCAGUCGGACAACCCAACGGAAGCUGUGGUUCUCGUCACCUACAUUUUAUUCUAUGCCGACGACGCCCCAUUCACCCAUCGCCGACGUCUACCUCAUCAGGUGCAGAUCUGGAUUAUAGUUUAGCUUGAAUUGGAAGGACAGACAGCUAUGGAUCAGCUGCCCAUGGUUAGAUUCUGAGCAGAUAUACACCCUGUGGCAGCUGGUCGUUGGCAGGCGGCGCUGGGUAUGCAUCAGUCGACGGGAGUGGACGAAUACCCCAUACCCCUACUUCUCACAACAUAAUGUAUAUGGAAAUCAGUUCAAUAAUGAAGUGUAAAGCUUGAUAGCAAUGAGCUUGAAGUAUGAUAACACUAACGGAAAAAGGAAGUCUAUGUUUGGUGGCUAGUAUGGUUGUGCUCUUCUAGUUCCUUUACUGAGCCAAAACCUUUCAUCCCCACAGUUGUUGAAACAGAGCACAGAACUACCUGUGGCACUCUCCUAGGAGCAUAAGUUAUUCACAUUGUCUGAAUAAUUCUUCUAAGCACUUGGAUAUGUUAGACCUUCCUUUUCCUUGACUGUGCAAGGAAAAUGGUGUGGGUCGAAUAUCCAACCCAUGCCAUUUUCUGCACCAGAAAUAUUCUACAUAGCACUUGAGGAACUCCAUUCAUAAUGCAUUUUAAAGACGAAAUUGUAUCUUGGCUUUCAUCACUAGCACCUGCUGCAUUACAAUCAGUUCAGGUCUGACAUAAAUUCUACCCAACUUAUCCAAGAUUAUCGUUCAAUGAGAUUGGAGUGAAUUGGUCUUGUUUGAUUCCUUUCGACAAAAUGAUGGAAAUCCUCAGCUUCACAGAAUGGCCACAUUUAUUGCAAUAUCUCUUUGUCGUUAUCUUUUUUCAUGGCUCUGAAUAUAUUCUAGCAGUUGCGAUUCAUGGGCAAAACCAUGUACACCUGAAUUCUCUUCUAAUAAGCUCACACUAUGUCUUGGCAAUGACAUGGUCCUUAGUAGAGUACUUUGUCGAGGUUUAUUACUUCCCUGGUCUGAAGGAGCUCAGGUUAGCAAACAAAACUGGUCUUGCGAUGGUAGUAAUUGGUGAGAUUUUACGUAAGUGGGCUAUACUAACUGCCGGUAGGUCCUUCACCCAUCUCAUAAAGAUAUAUUACGAUGAACAGCAUAAAUUGGUAACUCAUGGAAUCUAUGCGCACAUGCGGCAUCCGAGUUAUUGUGGCUUUCUCAUCUGGGCUGUCGGCACCCAGUUAAUACUCUGUAAUCCACUAUCAACCCUUGCAUUUGCAGUAGUUGUUUGGUGCUUUUUUCGACAGAGAAUACCGUAUGAGGAGUUCUUCUUGAGGCAGUUCUUCGGUCCAGACUAUGAGGAGUAUGCUAGACGGACACCUUCUGGAAUUCCAUUCAUCAAGUAAAUUUGCUUCCCCUUUAUUUUACCGUAUCCGAUUAUGCCUAUUGAUAGAUAAACAAAGCUUGCUUCUGUGUUAAAUGUUUUCUCCAUGCUGUUUGUGAUGACAUUGACACGGCCAUGUUCCGGUGAGUCACAUGCUAAAAAGGGUUCACAGAGAUUAUUGUUGCUUGUAGAAAUAGAGCUGCUGAAAAUCCAUGAGAAUUUUGAUGAGAAAUAGAGCAGCCAUAACUUAGCUGGAAAUUUACCUCCAGCUAUAAGGCUUCUCGAUCCAAUAUGUUUGUUUGUAUUAUUGUGUUAACAAGGGAUCCGGAAUUCCGAGUUAAGGUUACUUUUUCAAUGUAUAGUUCGCUAAGGGUUGGUUUUGUUUUGUUGGCAAUGUCCCUCCAUCUGUACGACUUCUCGAUCCAACGUGUUUAGUUGUAUUUUGUUGGCAAUUGAACCUCGGAUCGCCUUCCAAAUAGUUGGUUUUAAGUUGGAAUUUUGGAUUACAUAGUAACAAAGCUACGGUGUCCAU